CGACAGUGGCAGGACAGGACGUCUUCCGUGGCUGGCAGCCUGCCCCAAGAUGGCAUCGACGGCUGCUGCGGUUAGUGUGAAAGACACAUUUGGAUCGGCGUAUAUUGGUGCAAUGAUCAUGAUGAUCUUGUAUGGAAUAACAUGUCUCCAAACCUAUCUCUUCUUUUUCAACUAUCCGAAGGACUCAUUACCGAUAAAAUUCCUCGUGUCUGUUUUAUGGGUUCUGGAUACGUUCCACAUCUCUUUGGUCUCCCAUACGAUGUACCAUUAUCUGAUUACGAAUUUCAACAAUGUACCUGCUCUUGACAUCGAAGUCUGGUCCCUUCCUUUAUCGUUAGGCAUGAACGUUGUCAUAGCGUUUCUUGUUCAAUGUUUCUUUACGCACAAAAUUCACGGGUUGAGUGGGAGAAACUGGUGGAUAACAGUUCCAACGGCACUUUUUGUUGUGGCACACUUUGGUUUUGGAAUAGAAACGAUGGUUGAAUUUUUCAUUAAGGGAGAGUUCAGACGACUAUCGGAGCUGUUAUAUUACGCUGCACUACCGUUUGCGAUUACAGCGAUUAUAUCAGACGUUGCAAUCACCGCAGCAUUAUGUUAUUUACUUCAACAUAAGAAGACUUCAUUCCAAUCGACGAAUACACUCAUUAACUACCUUAUUCUAUACGCCAUCAAUAGGUGCUUGCUGACAUCGAUAAUGGCGAUUGUGGAGGUCAUUGUGUUCGUUACACUUCCGAACACAUUCUGGUUCCUUGCAAUUGACUUUAUCAUUGGGAAAUGCUAUGUUAACUCCUUACUUGCAACGCUCAACUCACGUCACGCUCUCAGAGGCAAGGGUCUCGACAUGGACAGUCGAGGCAAACUAUCUACGGAGGAUGGUUUUUCGCCUACUACUAUUGAGAUUGCUGGUGUGACACCGUCGAUGAUAUCGAGGAGUCGAAUGCAGACACAGACUGGGAACAUGUCCUCCAGUUGUGGCGGGACGUCCCGAACGACGGAAACGAAGUCGAUAGAACUGAAAGAAUUGAAGACGCCUACGGACGAAAUACGAGCACAUGUGUCCAUCGUAUCACACAGCGAUAGACACUCCUGCGAACGAGGAGAAUGUCAUGACUCAUAACGUUUAUGUCUCUUUUCGUGCCUUUCCCUUGUGCUAACGUGUCGUUUUAUCUUUUAUUCGUUUUUAUGGUUGUUCUGUUUAUCUAACUCACCUGAUUUCUUCUUUCUGCUUACAUGGAGGAUCUCGCAGUCUUGCUUUCUCGUAACUCAUUUCUUGAGGUGAUGUAAUGCUAUCCCUUUCACUACCCGUCUUUCGCCCACUUGUUUGGCUGAGUCUUAUUUCUUUGGAUUUACGCGGAUGGAUUGGUGGCAGGUUCAUCUUUCUUUGGUCAAUGUCUUUUGUCGUUCCCCUUUCUUUUCCGGUCACUCCUUCCUGUCUACCUUUUUUCAGGUUCAGACCCGUUUCGGUUUGAGAUAUUCUUGCUCUUGAUUGCAUUUCUUCAAAUGUUCUUUGUGUUAUCGCAUGUAUCUCAUUACUUGUACGCACUGGAAUCCG